CACUAGCCGGGCACGCGGACCGAGUUCAGAGACAGCGGGACAAAACUGCAUAUCUCGGAUCUGGAUGCAAUAACUGUUAACAAAAUUAUAAAGGAAAGGAGCCACGGAAAUAACAUUCAGCGAAUUUCGGAGAAGGGAUUUUUGAUUGAUCACAUUGCACAGGCAUAUAUUUCAGUAGACUGCGGCUUUCAUUUUUGUGAUCAUAUGUAGCCUAGACCCUUGUCUGCUGCACUACACAACGAGCGCAAUAGUUGUAUUUGGAAGUCUUUAAAGUGUUGGUGCUUUCCCCUGACGAGCACCCUCUUGGAGAGGGUUGAUCUAUUGAAUAUGUGAUAUCUGCUGUGCUUUGGAUUGUAAUAUCCUUUGAAGAUUUUUUUGCCUGAAUAAGGAAACGUGAAACGCAUACCGGAAUUCUGUCGUUUCUGGAUGAAUUGAGAGUCAGUGGCAGCAUUUACAAGUUAUUCUAAACGGCUUUUUCCCAGGUGUCGGGUCUGUCCUCGUAGGACUGGAAUGGAACCCAUCCUACUAUAGCCCUCUUCAAUAAAUUAUUCAUGUUUUAGCGUUUAAUUCCUGCAAAUGUGUAUGAAGCCUCUUGUCAGCUGAAUUUUUUUGAAACAACGACGUUCACCUUUGGAAUUACAACCAUGAACUUUGCUGCCAGCUUGUAUAAAUUAUUUUUUGCACUUGCACAUUUAUCUGCUGUAAAGACUGCUGUCAUACCCAAAGAGGUGGAAAACAGUAAAAAUGACGUGGUCCCCUUUAUGGACGUGUACAAUAAGAGUCUCUGCCGGCCUAGGGAGCUCCUUGUGGACAUCUACCAGGAGUACCCAGAAGAGAUUGAGCACACCUAUAUCCCGUCCUGCGUCGUUCUCAUGCGCUGCGGGGGCUGCUGCAACGACGAGGCGCUGGAGUGCGUUCCCGUAGCAACGCGCAACGUCACCCUGGAAGUCAAACGAGUAAAACUGCGUGUGACGCAGCACAAUUUCCUACUGAGUUUUACGGAACACACAAGUUGUGAAUGCAGACCAAAGAAAGAAGUGAAAGAGAAGAAAGCAAAAAAACCUGGGAGGGGCGAAGGACAAAAGAGAAAGAGAAGGAAGGAGAGGGGGAAAAGGCGACACUUCCACUGUGAGCCUUGUUCAGAGAGGAGAAGGCGCAUAUAUGUGCAGGACCCCUUCACCUGUAAAUGCUCCUGCAAAUACUCACAGUUAUACUGCAAGUCCAGACAGCUUGAGUUAAACCAAAGAACUUGCAGAUGUGAUAAACCAAGGAGAUGAGAAGCGGGGACAGGAGCUCAGACAUGAAGGAGGAUUCUCUGCACGGCACUUUGAACUCAGACCUUUGAACUCUGAACCUUUUUCUCAGAGGAUGCAUUCCCUGGACCGACUGAGAAAAGAGUGAGACAGGAAUAGCCCUGUCCCAUAUUCUUUAAAUAUGAAUAUAUAUUUAAAGACAGACAAUGAUUAAUAUGUACUGCUGCUAUGAAGAAAAAACUAUUUAAAAAGAACUGUAUAAAGCAAACGAAUGCACCAGCACGUGCUGGUGUGUGAACAGGACUGUGUUUUUUUUUUUUUUUGAACUUAUCGAGUUGUGAAAGUUCACUGGAUAUAAUAUCUGCUGUGGACAUAGAAGACCACGAAACAGAAUGGAGACAAUGGAGACUUUGCCAUUCAUCUGCUGGAGAAAGGCCAAGUGCAUUUAUGCAAGAGGAGACAGAAGGAAGACCUAUCUGCAUUAGCAAUGCCACUUCCUGCUAGCUGUGGAAGUAUUGUAUCCAGGGCGACUAAAACCCAGUUGGACUGGGAGCUCAGAAACUUGUAAAGGGAUAUUAAUUGUAGGUAUAUAUAGAAACUCCUGAAAUUAAAUUGCCUGGUAAAAUUAAGUUUCAAGGAGAAUUGGCAUUCAUUGACACUGUAGAAAUGGAUAACAUCUGUCCAUUUGCUUGUGAGAUUCAUUUUCCAAAGAUAACAUUGCACGCACUAGUAAGAAUAAUAAAGAUAUGGCGAGAUAACUAUCUUUAUAUACAUACAUAAUAUCCCUUUUUGUAGUUCUUUGCAUUUAAUUUAUAAUGUUAGAACAUUUUCAUUAUUCUGUGUAUUUAAUUGAUCUAUUUAUAUGCAGUGUUAUAUUAAUAAUAUUUUGCAUUUUUGUUGCCUUGCCCUAGAAAAUAUGAUAACUUUUGACACCUUUUGUUUUUUUUAAAGAAAAGGAGAAAAGCAAACAAACCAACCACUUUGACAUUCCUGAAGGAGCAAGUUUGAUGAAGUGUGAGAUUCGAUUUAUUACCAAACCUGGGCCUGCUACUCAUGGCCAUGUGGGCGCUCACAGUUGGGUUCACGUUGGGUUCAAAUUCAGUUGCGUGUUCAUGUUGUGUUUGUGGUGUUUUUGUGUUGACAGUGCGCAUUCGCGAUUGGUCUGAUGCCCAGCUGCAGCAACCUGCCUCUCUGUGCUCUGACCAUGUUCCCCAGACCCAGGGGGCGGAGCUUACACGAGCUCCGCCCCCUGGGUCUCACAGUAAAAUAUUACAUUCUGUUUUUGUGUUAAAGUAACGUGUGUCAACAUUGUGUUUUUUUUCUUGUUUUUUUUUUGUUAUCAUGUCCAGCCACGUUUUUAGCGUUUUUUCACAUUAAUAUAUUUAUUGGUGCUGUAAAUAUACAUGUUUAAAUAACAUCCAUUCUGUUUCUAGUGUUACUAGUAUACAUAUUUAUUUUCAAAUUAUAUUGUUUUUUAUUAAAGUAAAAAUGAAAUUUA